CUUUGUUUUCUUCAAGAGCGCGAAUUGCACGCCGCUUUGUUAAAUGAACAUCACUUUGUUUACCACAAUAUUUGCGUGCUUUUUAUGUAAUGCCCUCGGUUCAAUUGAAAUGUUGGCUUCUGUUAUAAAACCCGGGAUCUUUCGGCACAUAAUAUGCCGCAACAAUGUGUAUCCUCGCAGCAACGUCUCGCGUUUUCCAGUGCCGGAUGAUGUCGUUUUUUGGUCAGUGCCCUUUGCGGAAUACUGUCCACCGACUUACACGGCACCGCAUAUCGGUGGCCAGAGCUGGGCGGAUACUCCGUUGAGUGGCGAUGCUGUCCAGCCCACAUGGAAUCACAACGAUGGCAUCGUGAAUCGCGUUUCCUUUCAUGGCGGCUAUAAGCUGGAAGACGGCGUGCCGCAAAAUCCAAUUGGACGCACAGGUUUAAAGGGUCGUGGAUCACUGGGACGCUGGGGUCCCAACCAUGCUGCUGAUCCAAUUGUAACGCGCUGGAAACGAGAUCAAAAUGGUGCUAUUAUACAGCAUCAAGACAGCGGAAAAAACAUUCUGCAAAUGGUGGCUAUACAGCGUUCGGAUAACAAAUUGUGGGCGAUUCCCGGUGGCAUGGUCGAUCCUGGCGAGAAUGUAAGCGUCACUCUUAAACGUGAGUUCACCGAGGAAGCACUCAAUUUCACCGACAAGGGAAACAUGGUCGAACAGUUCUUCAAAGAGGGCGUUCAUGUGUAUAGCGGGUAUGUGGAUGACUUUCGCAACACGGACAAUGCUUGGAUGGAGACAACUGCGCUGAAUUUCCAUGAUGAGGAUGGCACACAAGUUGGUCAGCUGCAGUUAGAAGCUGGCGACGAUGCAACAAAUGUUCGCUGGACCGACAUCGAUAGUAAUCUCAAAUUACACGCUAAUCAUGCAGAUAUUGUUAAAGAAGUUGUGCUCAAGCGAGAUGCACAUUGGUAAUACUUUUGAAAAAUUAAUUUACAAUAUUUUAAAGUCUUCUGAUCUCGAAGAACAUAAAAGUCUGGCUCAUGUUUUACGUGUAUAUUUAUUUCAUUUUAUUCACUAGAAAUUUCCAAUAAAAGAAUGUAACUUCAUGAGGAAACCAUUCGGUUUGCUAAUAAAAAAGAGGUUGGAAUUAGCAAGCUUUGCUUGUGCCUCAAAAGUUAGUUCAAAUAAAUUAUGCUCCUCCUGCUGUAGCUGCUUGUAGAUCGUUGUAGCAUCUGUCCUAGCUAGAUGGUAAUGAUGAUGAUGAUGCGCAUUUAAA